UGGGGAGACAGACCUGUUGGCAACUUCAGAGGAUAAAGUCCCGCCAAAAUGAUUGGACCGAGCUCUUGAGGUGAUUCGGGAUGUUUUAAUUGUCCAGAGUGAUUUUGAGUGAUCGUCAGUGAUUUUCCGGGGAGCUUUUGACGUGGUGAGUCUCCAGGAAGGGGAAUAAAGAGCUUUCCUUCUUUGCUUUGGAGAAAAUGGGAAUGAGGGACUUCGGGAGAAUAAAUCGCCCAAUUCACUCACGAAAAAUCUCAUCUGCAAAACUUUUGUAUCUCAUACAUUAACAAGGACACAUGUACAGGCCGAUAUCAGCUAAAAAAUAUUGUGAUAUACUUUAUUAAGCACUCAUGGAGGAGACGACAUUCUCCUGCUCGGGGAAGGUCACCCCAUCAGACCCCCACCUUCCCCCCUCAAGCCUCCUGCAUCGCAUCCACCUCAACCCCAUCCUCCAUCCGCCCUCUCUCACCACCUUUUCCUCCUCGACACUCACACUCUUCGGCUGUUCGCACCCCGCGCCCACCGCGAUCAAUCAGCUGAAGCACCUGAUAAAGCUCAUGGAGAUGAACAUGCGGAUUCUAAACCGUCAUGAGAAUCUCCAGGAGCUACCCCAGCCCCACAAUGCCAAAGAUCAAUCCCAGAUGAAUUACUACCACCUCCGCAGGGAGAUCCUAGACUUCGUUGUCUACAUUCGCAACUACUUCCUUUCCAUUCAGUCUGAACUCCCCUACCUCCAGCAUCCCCUUACCGCCGAGCUGAAGAGCGGAUUCGACGAGGUCCUCUUCUCCCUGAGAAAAUUCCUCGCGCGACUGAAAAACAUCUCACUUCACUGCUCGUCCUCGACGAGUGGAAACAGAUGCCCCCAGCCAGGCUUUCACCUGUUUCAUCUCCACCUGGAGCUCCGCUGGGUGAUGAUCACACUUGUUCAUCAGCAGACACUUCAGGAUCAGAGCCAGGAUCAGAAUGAACGGUUGGAUAGGGCCCUGGAAUUAUUCAUCCAGGACCUCAUCUUCGUGUCGUUAAAGACCUUUCAACGAAUCGACUCAUCAGACCUCACGAUGAAGACUCCCUUCAGUUGUUCAUGCGUUCGAGAUCUGUGGCUGACCCUUCAAAUCACCAUUCCCAAGAUCCCCCAGAACAUUGGCGGUCGCACCUUCUGGAGCUACGUCAAUUCCACCCUCGAUAGGAUUAUCCAAACGAACGGAGGAUCCAACGAGGAGGGUCUGUCCUGGAACGAUGCUGACAAGUUUCCGUACAAAUUUGAUACCAAAAGCCCAGAGAUCUUCAGCAUCUGGAUGGUCUACCACCUGACACUUCUUCAUACGUAUCCCCCAGAGGGCAGCUACCCCGGCUCCCCCAUCCUCCAGGAGUCGAAUUGUCGCCAGCUGGAGAAGAUCCUUAAGGCGUUUUUAGAUAAAGGAGGGAAGGAGGGAGAGCGCGACGAGAUUGACGAAGAGUUAAGGACCAUGAUUCCACUUUUGAAGGUGAUGACACUGGAGUUCUGGAAGGAUAAGGAUUCCUCGGUAAAAAUCAUCAGCUACCUCUGGGACUGCUUCCACCGAAGGCUCGAUCAGCCUUUUUUGGUACAGACCGCCGGGCCCUGGAGUGUCUCGCUGGAGAAGAAGAGCCCCAGGGACAUAUUGAAGCAGGUCCGGGAGAGAAUCUACGGGGAGAACCCCAAGGAGUCCAGCUUUGGAAUGUUUCUCAAGGUGCUCGGGACUAUUCUUAAGGAUAACUAUGAGAAACGCGAGGUGAAAGUGUGGAAUCAAAUUCGGGGAAGGGUCUACUCCAAGUUCUCGAAGAACAAGGUCAUGGAAUUCUCUGAAGUCAGACUCUUUAACCUGAUUUCACUGCUUUUGACUAUGGGGAUCACUGCCGAUGCUGAUAACGUGGUCAGGGUGAUGAUGGGAUUAUUGCCUAGUCCUCUGGAGGGAGAUGACGAGAGCGGACGGAGGGUCUCCCUGAGUUUUAAGGGACAACUGUGUGGGCUUGCACUUCUGAUGGAGAAGCGACUGGAUCUAAGGGCCAUUGGGGAGAACCUGAUGGCUGUCGUUGGUGUCCUUAGCACUAGGAGGGAUGACCUCGGCAGAGCCAUGAUGAGUGGCUUCGUGGAGACUCUAAGCGCGAGCUUCGAAAAGGUGGAACGCCUGGACAACGGCGAGCAUUACCUCAUCGGCGGCUGGAUAGAUCGGUAUCUCCUGGAAUGCCCGAAGAAUCGAGCUGGGACAAUGCUGAAGAUGUUGUUUGACCUGCUGAACAAGUCCAGGGCCCUGGAUCUCCAGAACUCCGGGGGAAAAGAGAUGCUGGAAGCGCUGUGGGCGUCGGGAGCCGCGAGAAUUCGGGCCUUGGUAUACGAUAACGAUUUGACCGAGGAAAACUGCGAGGAUAUUGGAAAACUAGCUGCUGCCUUCACCCUUGAGGCUCUCAGGUGUCCCAAAAUGGCAGAGGCCCAGAAACAUUCGGCCCCGUCCCUGUUCAGGCAUUUCACAUCAACGAUCUACGUCAAAGACGUUAAUAUAUCGAGGAUCUACCUGUCGAUUAUUCUUGAGAAUCGAGCGGCUGUUGGGGAGUUGAAGAAGUUUCUGGAUAACUUCGAUCAUUUAGUGAUACAGGUCUGGCUGAAGUGUUCGAUCUCCAACAUGGACGGUUCCACAAAAACGAUAAAAUCGUACCUAGUGGACGUGGAUCCAAUCCGCAGGCUCUUCCCCUCCUGGCGUGAUUCCCUAGACUUCAAGACCUCCAACAGUUCCCUACUCCUCUUCCUGAACACACUGAACACCUAUCGCUCCUCAUUGACGCCCUCCGAGCUUCCUUCCUUCGACAAGCAGAUAAGAACGAUUUUCCUGACCCUGGAAAAGUGGAUCUUGACGUCGAUAAAAUCCACUACAGAGGACUCUCCCACAUCCUUCUUCAUCUACCGUUGUCUAGGCACAAUAAUCCUCACCUGUGCAUCGAUCCUCUAUGCCCCCACGCCCACCAAUCCCCUUCGCGUGCUCAUCACCAAAGUAAUGCUGCCGGCAGAGGACAACUCUCACCUGAAACUCCUCGCCAAGAAGAUCUUCUCGAUGAUCAUUCUAGGUCUGCAGACGUUAUUCCCUAGACAGGAUCAGAUCCUCCAGAAGAUGAUCAUCGAACUGUUCAACAUGUAUCUGCCCCUCCUUGUAAUUGAACAGGACAGGGGCUUCAGGAUCGAACAGCUGAUCAAUCUCUUCAAUAAGGAGAUGAACGAUGAUUUUCUGGAGAUGGUUUACGAUAAAUUGUCAAUGAAUUAUCUAAUGAUGGAGAACAACGAAUUAAAAAAGAAUUCGUAUCUCUUUAUGGAGCUGACGAAGGGACUGUUGAGGGAGGGAGGGCGCAGAGCUCUUCUGGAGGUGAUUGGGGGUAAGGUGCUAAGGCCGAUGGUCGAAGGAUUUUUGAGAGUUCACGAUCUCCAUCCCCAUAGGAGGCAGACACUGGAGGUGCUCAAGGAAAUAGGGGCAAAUGCUUCCUACACACCAGAGAGCAUCAGGACAAGCUUGAGCUCUGUUGUUUGCGGAAGGGUGAGGGAAAUGACUAAGGGAUGCUUUGAAUUCUUGAGGGGACUAACGGGGGUCAACAGGCGACUCGUUCAAGGGGUGGUUGAUGCUCUCGAAGGGGUGGUUGAAGAGGCUGAGAGAGGAGGCGUCGUCAAUGCAGGGGCCUUGAGGUAUGCGUUGAAACAGUUUUUGGAGUUCUUCGAGCGGAGUGAUCAGGGGGGGAUUAAUUCCAAGUUGUGAAGGUCUGGGGG